GUACGAUUAAUAGGGGAAUUUACAAAAUUUAUAAGAUUUUUACAAGUUUAUACAAGUUUACAUUAUUUAAUAUUAGUUUGAAUAAAAAUUCAAUAUUUAUUAAAUAGGUUUAUAAGGAGAGUAAUAUUGGGUUCAGAUAUGGAGGAUAUCGACUUGUCAACAUUUGGUAGCGUAGUCGAAUUAAUGUCAGAAAUAACUAUAGAUGAAAAAGAUAUGGACAAAGUUUUUCUGGAGUUUAUGAGAAGUUUGCCUUACAAUCAAAAAAUUCUUGGUUCUUAUAAUCCAAUACCAAAUGUUAUUUUAUCAGAAUAUUUAUUGGACAAUAUAGAACGACUUUUAGUUGUAUCUGAAACAGACACAAAACUUCUACACAAUAAUGCAUUCGAAAAAUUUUAUAAUGAAGUUCUUAAAUCGACUUUUGAAGAUAUGUUAAAAAUUCGAGCUCCCAUGCUUGAUUCUGAUUUUCCUCAAGGCACAUUUCGGAAUUCCAAUUAUAAAUCAAUUUUAAAUGACAUUCAAAUCAAAAAUAUGUUAAAACUUCCAGUAUUUAAAUACACUGAUAAGAUUUUGGAUGCCGUAGAAAAUAAUACUUUUGUAUUAAUCAAUGGUGAAACAGGAUCUGGUAAGACUACACAGAUUCCUCAAUUUAUAUUAGAUCAUCAUAUGAAUCGAGGGUCAUAUUGUCGCAUCAUAUGUACACAGCCACGACGAAUAUCAGCAAUUUCAAUCGCUGAACGGGUUGCUUACGAAAGAGGCGAGAAUUUAGGUGAAUCCGUUGGUUAUCAAAUUCGCUUAGAAAGUGUUCUUCCCAGACCCGCUGAUUCGAUCUUGUAUUGCACUUCCGGUGUUUUGCUACGAAUGAUGAUUUCAGAUCCAAUAUUAGCAACAGUAAGCCACGUAAUAUUAGACGAAAUACAUGAACGUGACACUGAAUCAGAUCUUUUAAUUGGAUUGAUACAACUCAUUAUUAAGUACAACAAGCAAAUAAAAGUUUUAGUAAUGAGUGCAACCUUCGGUUUUGAAGAAUAUUCAAAGAAUUUUUCAAAUUUUAAAAUAAUAAAUAUUGAAGGCACACUGCAUCCCGUCAAAAAUUUUUACUUGGAAGAAAUACUAAGAGACUUAAACUUUUUUGAUUUUCCGGAUGCUGGGACUUAUGAAUCGAGAAAGCAUUCCAAUUUUUAUAAUACUCCAGAAGGAAGAGCAGAAUUAACAAGAAAUAAAGAAUUUAAACAAAUGAUAAAAAGAUACACAGAAUCAAUUGAAGGUAAAUAUCCAUAUACAGUUUUAAAAACAUUGGAGAAUCCGUUCACUGAAGAAAUCAAUCUAGACUUAAUAGAACGGUUAAUAGUUCAUGUAGACAAAACAAUGCCAGACGGCGCAAUAUUAAUAUUUUUACCAUCAUUUGAAAAAAUUUCUAAUUUGCAUGAAAUGUUGGAAUUUACAAAUAAAAAUGAACAUUAUAUUAUAUAUACCCUUCACUCGUCAAUGCCUACCGAUAAGCAAAAAGGAAUUUUUGAUCGGCCUCCUGAAGGUAAAAGGAAGAUUAUACUAGCUACAAAUAUUGCUGAAACAUCAAUCACUAUUGAUGACAUAGUAUAUGUGAUAAAUGCUGGAAAAGCCAAAGUAAAAUAUUAUGAUAUUAAGAAUAAAAUUGAAACUUUAGAAGAAUAUUGGAUCACAAAAGCAAAUGCAACUCAACGACAAGGGCGAGCUGGAAGAUGUCAACCAGGUAUAUGCUUCAAUUUAUAUACUAAAAUUCGCGAAGAAAAUUUUGAGGAGUAUCCUGUUCCUACAAUUCAAAGAACUAGAAUGGAAUCAGUGAUAAUGUGGUUGAAAAGUUUAAAAAUUCAUGAUGUUAAAGCAUUCUUGAAUAGCUUAAUAUCGUCGCCUCGCAAUGAAACAAUAGAUGACGGUAUAAAUUUUCUUAAACAAAUUAAUGCAUUAGAUAAAGACGAAGUAAUGACUCCUCUUGGCUUACACCUUAUGCAGUUACCUAUAGAUUCCCAAGUUGGAAAAAUGCUUUUAUUGUCAACUAUAUUUGGUUGUGUUGAUCCAAUUACUACUGUAGCUGCUACAAUUAGCUUAAAAGAACCAUUUUCUCAAAAUAUAAAAAAGAGAAAAGAAUUUGAUGAUACGAAAUUAGAGUUUGCUGAACAUUCACGAAGUGAUCAUAUCACUUAUUCUAAUGUUGUUAAAGAAUUCCGAAGUGCGCUUAAAAAAAAAGAAACAGAUAAAUUUUGUUAUGAAAAUUUUGUCUCCGAAUCUAUAGUUAUGCAAAUUGAAAAAAUGAAAAUUCAAUUAUGUGAACUUUUGGCAUCUACAGGUUUUAUUAAGUAUCCUUUUCCUAAUCAUUCAGAAAUAAAUCAAUCAUCUGCGGAUUUGAAUAUUGUAAGAGCUGUAAUAACAGCUGGUUUAUAUCCAAAUAUUGCCUUUUUGAGGUCAAUAGCCUUUAGAAAUAUGAAGAAUUCUUAUGAAAAAAGGAUUGAACAUGUUUUACAAACACCAGAAGAUGGAAACAACGUAAAAUUUCAUGUUACAUCUGUAAAUCGUAAACAAAGUGAAUUUAAUUCCAAAUUCUUUGUAUAUUACAAUAAGCAUAAAUCUGGUAAUUAUGUAUAUCUGCGAGAGUCGUCUAUGAUAUCACCAAUAGCAAUUAUUAUAUUUUCUGAUAAUGUUACCAUUAAAUCUGAUGGUAUGGAAAUUUUCAUUUAUGUGCGAAAUAACACACUCCGUUUUCCUUCAAAUAAAAGAACGGUAAAUGUAUUGCUACAAUUAAGGGAACGUUUUGAAAAAAUAUUAGAAAAAUUAGCUAUGAAUCCGGCAUAUGAAUUUACUGGCGAUGAUAAGAAAGUUAUCGAAGCUUUAAAACUUCUUUUUAUAGAAGAAAACUAUUAACAAUUUUAGAUCUGUUAUUUUAAUGUUAAUCUCAAAACUUUUGUUUUAUAACAAAAAAGGGUUGAUAGUUGUUAAAAAUUUUAAAUAUAUAUGCGUUAAUGGAAAAAUUAGAUUUAAUGUUAUAAACUGUUGACAAUAGUUUAUAGUGUACACUUUUGUAAUACAUAUUGUGUAUUUUUUUAAUUAAUCUACAUACAUAUGUGCAAAAUAUAACUUUUUAUACAUAUAUAUACACAAAAAAAAUUUAAAAAUUACAUUUUUGUAUAAGCUAAAUUUAAGAUAUUUUCAAACAAAAAGCAUAGAUAUGAAAUAUAAUAAAGUAUAAUUAUUAUAAAAUAUUUUCGUGUUAUAUAAGUAUUGACUGAUUGCCUUAGUAAAAUAAAGGGCUUAGAAGCCUGAAUUUUAAUCAAAAUUGUGUAUGAUACAAUAAUAUAAACAUAUGUUACAGAGCUACUAAUAUUUUUCUUAAAAUAUUGCAUAUGCUUGCACUUCCAGUUGCAGUUCUAGUAAAUUAAUUAUAAUAUUUAAUAUUUCACACGUACA